UGAAAAUAUAAUCAAAAUACAAAAUGUUGACAUAAAAUAAGUAUAUGUUUUAAAAAACUAUAAUAAUAAAUCUCCAAUUCCCUUUUACUUCUUAUUGUUUGUUGCUUACAACUAAGUCAAAACAAAAACCAUUGAAAACAUAUUCAAAAUAAUUUUUAAGUGGCCCGCAAAAGCUUGACAAAAUUGCACGCGAAAGCUCGCCGAGGGUGAUACCCCGUAAUACCCCGUGUUUCUGAAAGUGCGUACUAACGGUUCUUGUGGACAAAAACAAUAGACUAUAAAUUCGUUAAUUUGUAAUUAAAGUUGAGUAAAAUUGUUAAAAAAAAAAAAUAAUAAUAAGAAAUAAAAAACAUUUGGUAAAAUAAGGAAGAAUUAGUGGAGAAAAAUUGCAUAUAUUUUUAAACCGGAUGGCGCUUUCGUUUCUAUCCCAAAGUUCCGGUCUGUUGGAUUUACACAGCAUAUUUGAUCCGCAAUAUUCAAUACAACAACAACAACAACCGCAUCAGCAGCAGCAACAACUGCAAAUUCAUUUAUCAUCAGACCAACAAGAACAACUACAACAACAGCGCACUUCAACGAAAUUUGAUCUAAGCAUAUUCAACGAUUUCGACCAAAUGGAAUUCAACAACAACUUGAAUCGAAAUCAUCAUAAUCAGUAUCCGAAUAAUAAUAAUAACAAUAACAGCAAUAGCAAUAAUAAUAAUAAUAAUACCAUCAACAAUAACAAUACCAAUAACAACAACAACAACAAUAUUCAUACGCACCAAACUAACGGAGAAAAUCUUAAUCAGAUCCAAAAUAAUCAUUUCAUUAGCGGCUAUCAUCAUCAGCAUAUUGGGUCGGAUUAUGAGCCAGUGAUUAACUUUGUUGAUUCACCGCCAAACUCUGAGGAAUCUUGGACAGACGGACAGUCCAAGGAUUCACCAGGACCGCAAAUUAUCGACGUGAGGACAAUUUACUCAGACAGUGGUUCGCGCAAAAGACGAAUGGAUUGGUACUCAUUGGACAUUGGUCAAAGUGAAAAUUCACCGACAACUCAAUCAGGCGAAAUACCCAAUAAGGUGGCACAUCACGAGAAAGAUAAACAUAAACGCGAAAAGCAUUCAGGUCGUAGCAGCUGGAGCGACGAUAUAGGUUUUGAUCUGAACGCUGAGUUUAACAGUAACUCGUAUUUGAACAAUGAAAACUUUUUAUCGUUCUCCCCGAGCCUGACGGCACUUAAACAGGAGCCGCAAACGGAGCAGCUCAAACCGAACGCAAAGAUAUCAUUGGAUAGCGGCAGCACCGGCUCCGCAAUUGGCAAAAGUGACAAAUCGCCAUUGGGCGAGGCAAAUCACUCACCACAGCGAGCGGGUCAGGAGAUUCCAGCAGCAGCAGCAGCAGCAGCGGCAGCGGCAUCAGGAAUUGGAGGCGGAGCACUUGUCGAAGCUGGCGGAAAGCAUGAGUUGAACACCGUCAACAUUUGUGGUUGUGGCUCGCCGCAAGGCUCGCCCACCGCAGCGGAUUUUGAAUUGAAUUGCAGUGGCAAUGGGAACGAAGCAGCAUCGGCUGAGAUAACCCGAACUGCAUCUGGCCGUGAGGCCUUUGCACAGGCGCCGCGCUCUGGACUGCAGCAGCAGCUGAGCGUUGUCGAGGCGGCCAAAAUAGAGCCCUGCCUGUCGGGCGGUGCAUCUCAUGCAGAGGAUCAUAAAUUUCAGUACAUUUUGGCCGCGGCCACCUCAAUUGCAACGAAGAACAAUGAGGAGACAUUGACAUAUCUGAAUCAGGGUCAGAGCUAUGAGAUCAAAUUGAAGAAAAUUGGAGAUUUGUCCUUCUAUCGCGAUAAGAUCUUGAAGAGCGUUAUCAAAAUCUGUUUCCAUGAGCGCCGUUUGCAGUUCAUGGAACGCGAACAGAUGCAGCAAUGGCAGGCAUCGCGUCCAGGUGAUCGAAUUAUCGAGGUAGAUGUACCAUUAUCGUAUGGCCUGUGCCAUGUGUCGCAGCCAUUGAGUGCGAACGCAUUGAAUACGGUUGAGAUCUUUUGGGAUCCAUUGAAGGAGGUCGGUGUUUACAUCAAGGUUAAUUGCAUUUCGACCGAAUUUACACCAAAGAAGCACGGUGGUGAAAAGGGUGUACCAUUUCGGCUACAAAUUGAAACCUAUAUAGAAAGCACAACAACUGCUAUUUGUAACAACAACAACAAUAACAACAACAGUAACAAUACUAAUAUCAAUAACAACAACAACAACAGCAGCUCGAGCAGCAGCAGCAACAGCAGCUCCAGUAGCAGCAAUGGCAAACAGGCCGUGCAUGCAGCUGCCUGUCAGAUAAAGGUCUUCAAGCUGAAGGGCGCCGAUCGCAAGCAUAAACAGGAUCGCGAGAAGAUCCAGAAGCGUCCGCAGUCCGAGCAGGACAAGUUUCAGCCCAGCUACGAGUGCACCAUCAUGAACGAUAUAUCAUUGGAUUUGAUAACGCCAACCACUACAACUGGCUGCUAUAGUCCUGAAUAUAUGAAAUUGUGGCCAAAUUCGCCGGUUCAUAUACCAAAAUAUGAUGGAAUGCUGCCAUUUGCCAGCAGCGCAUCACCGGCGGCCAGCAGCAGCCCAAUUGCUAUCAAUUCGGUGACAUCCACAAAUUCGCCAACAUUGAAACUGAUGGAUGCCACAAACAUGGUGUCGCCACAGCAUGUGCCAGCGGAUAUGGAUGAUUAUAAUCAGAAUAUAAUGCCAGAAUCAACGCCCGCACAAGUCACACAAUGGCUCACGCAUCAUCGUCUGACGGCCUACCUCAACACCUUUACCCAUUUCUCUGGGGCGGAUAUUAUGCGCAUGUCCAAAGAGGAUCUAAUACAAAUCUGUGGACUCGCCGACGGCAUACGCAUGUUUAAUAUAUUGCGCGCCAAAUCCAUUUCGCCUCGUCUGACGCUCUAUGCCAGCAUGGAUGGCUGCAGCUACAAUGCCAUUUACUUGCUCUCUAAUACCGCCAAGGAGCUGCAGCAGAAGAUCUAUAAGCUGCCCGGCUUCUAUGAGUUCAUGGCCAAGGGCGGCUCGUCAGGCCUCUUGGAGAAUGGUGGCAAUGUGUCAGCUGCCUCAGCAGCAGCGGCGGCGGCGGCUGCUGCCGCUCUAUGCAACAAUUGGGGCAUGCAUUCGAAAUAUUCGGGCAGCGGCUCGAACAUCUUCAACGAGGCGAACAAGAGCAGCGUCUACAUAUCGGGGCCAUCGGGCAUACUUGUCAGCGUCAGCGAUGAGGUGCUCAACAAUGAGGUGAAGGACGGCAGUCUCUAUGCCCUGGAUGUGCAGGGCGGCAAGGUUAUAUUGAAGCUGAUCAAUAAGCAGGAUAAUAAUUAAACCAAAAUUGUCUAGUGAAGCUUCAGAACUAGUUGUAGAAAUUCUAUUGUUGCCUGGUACAAACAGAUUAACCAUGAUAAAGAAAAGUACAGUUAUUUAGCAUUUAAAUCGAGCUAUAUCAAACAAAUGUUAUGAAUAAUACACACGCAUAUUACAGUUCUUUUUCACACACACAUACACACACAGGGCCAUACAUACAAAUAUCUAUGUAUGCUCCUAUUUCUAUAUAAGUUUCAAUUUGUAUGAGAUUUCGCGCAGCAAUUUUGAACAAGUAGCCACAUUUUCUUUAAGAGUUUCUAUUCUUAUCCCUGCUUGCGUUCCCAUUUGAUCCGACAAAAUUAAAAACAAAAAUUGCAAGAAUAUUUCAUUUUAAAUUUGCAUUUGAUUUCGUUUCAAAUAUUUUCUUUUCUUAUGCUGCAUGUUUUAAGUUGUAAGCUUUAUUAUUUUAUUCUUUAAACCUUUAUAUAUAUGUAUACACCAUAUAUCACAUACAGCAAGAAGAUAUAUACAUAUAAAUAUGAAAAAGUUAAAGUAGAAACAAAAUAAAAAAUCACAAAAAAAAUAUUAUAAAAGAAAAAAAAAAAACGAUAAAAAAAAUCAGCAAAUUAUUACACACAGACACCUAUAUAAUUAAUUAAUUGAAAGUACAGUACCACAAAAUCGAGCAUUGGAGCAAAAAAUGUUGGAUAAUUGAAAUCAGCUAACAACCAAACAAGAUCUAUUGUUUUAACAAAUUUUAUCCAUUGUAUGUGAUAAAAAGCAAUAAAGAGUUAUCCAAGAGUGGACUGUCAAAAAAAAAUAA